AUGGAGGGCGACGUGGUGGCUCAGUUCACCGAGAUAACGGGCUCAACCCCCUCACUGGCAACACAGUAUCUGCAGUUAGCCGAUUUCAAUAUUGAGCAGGCUAUGCAACUCUACUUUGAGAAUGGAGGUGCAUCUUUGACUGAAGAACCGGCAUCAUCGACUGCUGCAUCUAGGCCCUCGCGUGCUACUGGGUAUGAGGAUGCAUCCGGGGUUGUCCAUAUUGACUCUGACGACGAUGUUGCUGUUGACGAGACACUUUCCGCACCACGAUCCCAGCCGGCCCCGCAAGCAUCGAUGUAUGAGGAUGAUGAAGCCAUGGCUCGUCGUUUGCAGGAGGAAAUGUAUCACGGGGGCAGGGACAGCUCUGAUGAUGUAAGAGCUCCGAUGGCUAGAACAACGGAAACGCUUGUGGGACCGGAGGUCGACUUUGAUGAUGGGGAAAUGCAUACGAGCAUAUUGGGCCAGUUACGAGCACGCCAGCAGCAUCGUGGUCGACCUGGAAUCUUCAAUCAAACGGACACAGCAGAUAUUUGGGCGGGAGAUGAAAACUCACAGCGCGAGACACUGGCAGCGGCCACAGGAGGAGCGUCUGAGGCCUCCAGUAAACAAAACAUGCUGGCGGCGAUGUAUAGGCCCCCCUUCGAUAUCAUGUCGAGGCUACCGUGGGAUCUUGCACGGCAAGAAGGGCGUGAUAACGAGAAAUGGCUGCUCGUCAAUAUUCAGGAUCAGUCCAUAUUCGAUUGUCAAGUCUUGAACAGAGACUUGUGGAAAGAUCCCGGUGUCAAAGAUACAAUCAAGGAGCACUUCAUAUUCUUACAGUACUCGAAAGACGACCAACGCGCGACACCUUAUCUGCAAUAUUAUUUCCAGGCGAGCGACGUUUCUGACAAUUAUCCUCACAUAGCCAUUGUGGAUCCCCGGACAGGCGAGCAAAUGAAGGUCUGGUCAGGGCCGCCAAUAAUGAAGCCGGCGGAAUUCCUCAUGCAACUACAUGAGUUCUUGGACCGGUACAGCCUCAAACAUAAUGUGCGGAACCCCGUGGCAAAACGAAAGUUCGAGAAGAAGGAGAAGACCAUUGACGCGAUGACUGAAGAGGAAAUGUUGGAGAUGGCAAUGAGGAACAGCUUGGGAGACGGGACUGCGCAAGCUCCAAGAGUGGAAGAUCCAGAUGAGCUGACUCGGAGCACUGAAGAUGUCAAGGGCAAGGGCAAGGUCGCUGUCGCUGAAGAUGUCGAAAUGGAGGAGAAUGAUCUGGCAGAAGAGACUCCCGAAAGCCUAUCGGUGUUCGCAUCCAUCCCAGACGACCGACCACAUACGGAGCCGCCGGCCGAUCCUGCUACUACCACCCGCAUCCAGUUCCGACACCCGUCAGGAAGAGUGAUCCGACGAUUUGCCUUGACAGAUCCUGUGAGAAGGAUAUACGAGUGGCUCAAAGCGGAUCCCCCGUUACUGGAUAAGGUUGGCGUCGAAUUUGAGUUGAACUCGAUGGGCCGCAAUCUGAUUGAUUCACUUGAUGUGAGCAUUGAUGAGGCCGGCCUGAAGAACGGCACGGUAAUGAUAGGGUAUCUUGAAGAUUGA